UCAGAUCGCCCAUGUCUGGGUCCAUGUUUUCCACUGCGCUCUCUACUUCACUAUCUUCGGAUUUUGUGUUCUCUUACACGUGUUAAUAUUAUCAUUUGUUAACAAAAACUGAAUCUUUGAGUAAAAUGUGAAAUGAGAAGAACACGGAAUAAAAAUUAAACAGGCGCUGGCUGACGAGAUUGACCUCUGGGUCCGACUUUGUCUGGGUCUCGUCAGUUGGUGUGGCAUUUGACAGUAUCUCUGUGCUUUGAGUACUGAGUAAUAGUAAAUCCCUCAAACUCACACACCCACAUCUCUGGAUAGGUACUACCGGUUAUUCUUCAUUUCAGGAGACAGGAUGAGGAAUUGCAGUCCCUGGACGUUUCUCCCUAUCAUGUAUUCUGUCUUUACAGCUGGUGGACUCUGGGUUGUGUAUUUCAUAGCAGUUGAAGAUGAGAAGAUAACACCUCUGAGUUCAGAAUACAAGCGAUCUGGGCCCAAAUCACCUCCAUAUAUAAGCAUUGCUGGCAAUGCACCUCCGGCUAGCUGUGUGUUUAGCCAGGUCAUGAACCUUGCUGCCUUCGUAGGGUUCAUCAUUGGUGUCCUCAGAUACCUGCAGCUGAAACCCCAGGUCCACAAACCCUGGCUCAACAUCGGCAGUCUGGUGGCUAUGUCCCUGGCCUGCUUUGGCAUGACCCUGGUGGGAAACUUCCAGUUGUCAAAUGACGAGGAGCUCCACAACAUUGGGACGUCUAUGACCUUUGGCCUGGGGACAUUGUUCUGUUGGGUGCAGUCUUUCAUCACUCUGAAGGUCAACCUGAGGAACGAGGGUCGUAGGACGGGGAUCCCACGCUUCCUCCUGUCAGGGGCUGUUACCGCCUGCAUGCUGCUCUACUUCGCCCUAAUGGCGCAGCGUCUUCACAUGCAUGCGGCGCGGGCGCAGUGGGCACUGGUCAUGUUCUUCCUCUGCUUCCUCGCCACCUUCGGCAUUGAGUUCAGACACUACCACUUUGAGAUUGUCUGCACCGACGACCGCGACCCACCUCUGAGCUUGUCAGAAACCUUUUCUGAGGUGUCAGAGUACCAGUCUGACCAGUUGUAAGUCGGGUGUGGUUGACAGAACCAGCUACUAGGGCUUUUGGCUUCUAGAAAAAACAGGUUAGGCUGCCUGUUAUUUUGGGGGAAAUGUAUGAACAAACAUGAAGCGUUUGGAGUCCAGGUCUCCGCAGGUCUGCUAGUUACUGAUUAAUUAGUCAACCACUACUGCAUGUAUGCAUUUGAAUUGUCAUUUGAAUGUCAUGACCUGUUACAUGUCUUUCUACCAAUGCUGUAUGUUGAGGUGAUCUUAGAAAAACAUUGAAACUCUUUCCGUAAAGCACAAGUCCUUACUGUUGUAAUCUCAUCAGCAGUGUAACUGCCUUGUAACUGGUGUUGUUCAAUAAAGAUUCUACAGUUUCACUGUAGAUGGAUGUGCAAGAGCAUGGCUGUUGAUCAUGUAUCUGUGAGCUGUAGAUGGAUUUAGAAGUCAUGUCUCCCAGAUUGAUAUUAACUCAGUACCUCACUGUUUCAGAUGAUGAAUGUAGCCCAAUCCUCAACAGACUGUGAUGAGUCAAAGUAUCAUUCUCAUUGAGUUCUCAACAUCUCUUUUCUGUCUACUUACUCUCUCAACCUGAAUGAAAACAGACAAUGAUUUGUAGUGAAGCCAACAACAGCCUCUGAAAAAGAUUACAUUUGAAGAGUGCCAUUCUGAACCAUAUCACUGUUUGCUUCCAUGAAACAGAUGUCGUGGGAUAUUUUUCCACUGUUCUCUAUUUCAAAUGACACAGUUUGGCUUUAUCGUCACCAUUGGAACUUACCCAACUCAUGGAUCAGUGUUGUCCUGCUGUUUGUAAGAACAAUAAAUCAUUAUUUACAGUA